AUGGCUGAGCUUGUGCGACAAGACAUGUUCGAAGCUGUACUUCUGAGAGGUUUAGAUUCGUCAAAAAACGAUCUAAUAAAAUCUGGGUUAGACUUUUGGUCGACAAAGGAUGCCAUAGACGAGUUAAAGAGACUUAUUCCUUUGGUAGCUAAGAAAUUUUUGGGAAAAUACGGCGAAGGACAGAAAUUCACAGUUGUGAAAGCAUUUCCCAUGCUUUCCCGCAUUGUACAACGUUGGUAUAAAACAUUUAUGAGAAGAAUGAUUGCUAAAUGUGGAGAACGAAAUCCUUGGAGAGUUACAUUUUCCGAGUACCUCAGUAUAGAUCUAUUCAAUAUCAUGCAACAAAUCAUUGCACGAAGCUCGUACGGAGUUAUCUGUAUGUCAACAAAGAAACGCAUUACGAUUGUUUUCUCCAACGAUGCCAGGGUUAGGAAUGUUUUUUGCGAGUUAAUGGACUGCAAAAUCCUAAAAAAAGAUUUUCUGAAAAGGUUGGCAAAAGGGAAGGGGAAAGUAGAAGCUGUUAUAAACACAGAGAAACAAUUUGGUACAACUUAUUUAUUGGAGAAAGAAGAAAUAACAUUUGAUUUCUAUUAA